AAAGUCUAGAUUAAAAAAAAAAAAAAAUCGUAUUUGGUGAUUGCGGGGAAGAUCUAGGGUUAGGGUUCCGGCGAUCUUCUGGUUUUUCUUUCUUCUUCGAUGGUUUAGGGUUUCUUUAUGGUAUGGAAAUGGAGCCAGGGAGCUCGUCCGGAUCCAGCGGAGGGUCUCAACCCCAUUCCGUGCCUUCAAGGCGAUCAAGAGCAUUUUAUAGGUUUACCCAGCAGAAUCUUCCUGCCUGUAAACCUGCUCUAACUCCAGGAUUGGUGAUAAUAACAUUUUUGCUGCUGGGCAUUAUUUGUGUGCCUGUUGGGCUUGUAUGCUUGCAUGCUUCAAGAAGUGUUGUGGAAAUUGUGGAUCGUUAUGACAUUGAAUGUAUACCUGAGCAAUAUCAAAGCAAUAAAGUAUCAUACAUUAAGGACAGUAUGAUUUCUAAAGAUUGCAAGCGAGAUUUAAAGGUCCAGAGCCACAUGAAAGCGCCGAUAUAUAUCUAUUAUGAACUCGAAAACUAUUACCAAAACCAUCGACGGUAUGUAAAAAGUAGAAGUGAUAAGCAACUACUACAUGGGCUGAAGUACAGGGACACUAGUCUGUGCAAACCUCAAGAGACGAGUAAUGGGCUUCCAAUUGUCCCUUGUGGGUUGAUUGCAUGGAGUUUGUUCAAUGAUACUUACAGUUUUGUGCGUGGAACAACAGCAAUGAAUAUCAGUAGAAAGAACAUUGCUUGGAAGAGUGACCAGGAUCACAAGUAUGGGAAGCAUGUGUACCCCUUCAACUCCCAAAAUGGAAGUUUCAUUGGUGGAGGAAAACUUGAUCCAAACACUCCUCUAAGUGACCAGGAAGAUCUCAUUGUCUGGAUGAGAACUGCAGCUCUUCCCAAGUUUCGGAAGCUGUAUGGCAGAAUCAAAGAAGACCUUAAUGCCGGUGAAGUUAUAACUGUACACCUUGUCAAUAACUACAACACCUAUAGUUUUGGAGGAAAGAAAAAGCUUGUUUUCACGACAUCUAGUUGGUUGGGUGGCAAAAAUGAUUUCCUUGGCUUAGCCUAUGCUGCCACUGGCUUCUCCUUCAUUCUCGUUGCCAUUCUAUUUGCAUUGAUCCAUGUUAAAAACCCCAGGCCUCAUGGUGAUGCGAUUCUCUCUUCCUGGAAUAGGAAAACUAGUGCUAGAUAAAGCAUUGUGCAUCUGCUGAUUAUCCUUGUAUUUACAUUUUCUUGAUGGAGGUGAAAGCACACGGCUGGUAUUGUAUUCAUGAUAUAGGCUUUUUUAUCAGAGUCAAAACACCUUAUGCUAGUGAUUCCAUGCCUCCAAUGUUCUCAACUGGUUUCUUUUGCACCAGUUUUUAUUUAUCAUUUGGGCUGUGUGGGUCUCAAAGAUUUAGAUGUGCCAGUAUCCCGAUGUUUAAUUAUAUGCAUGAAAAUGCAGCGAUUUUGCACUUGUCUAUUCUUGUAAAAAAAAACCUCUGAUGUUGAAGUGGGUGAUAAUUUUGGGGGCAUGAAAAACUUGUAGGUAUUUUCUUGUUUUUGAUGUGGUAGUUCUUGUACUCAAAAUGGUUCUAGAAUUACUGUGAAGAUGAGAAAUAGUAGAUCUGUGUAUAAAGUGUUUGUAAUUGGCCUUGCUUUGGUGGUACCUGUUCUGUAAUUUGGGAAUCAAUUGCACACUCGAUUCCAUUUAUAAAUAUUUAGAGGAAAAUGACGUUUUAGUCUCCAAAAAGAUUGGAAGGCUAUUAUUAUUGUU